AUGACAAUGUUCAUUUGGUUACCUAUCGCUAUCACUGGUCGUGUGAUUCUGGACACAGUUGAAUAAAUUCUGGAUCAGCUUGUAUCUUUGUUUAUCCUGGCUCUGAAUGAAACAAAUACGUGUUGGAUCAGUCCUUUCCUUCUUGUCGUAAAGCCGUCUUACUAAGAAGGAGGGGGCGUGAUUGAAAGCGGAUCACGAGAAAACUAGAGCCCGCAUCUUGGAGGAGGAGCAGAGGGAAAAAGAUGACGGUUUUUUCGCGGUUUGCUCUGUCAUUGGCUGUCGCUCCGACCGUCGAAGCGCUGCGUGUGAAGCCGAAAACCCAUGUGGGCAGUGCGCUCGUAUCCGCUUUCGGUCGCAAGACUGCGCAAUCAGUGGCCAAAUCGCCAGCAUGGGACGUGCUCGAAGUCGACUGUCGCGGCAUGUUUGGCUUCGGCUGUGAGGCGUUCGACGCGGGACGCUUCUUUUCGCGCGACGUUGGCGAAGAAGCCUACGGUUUCAUCUGGGGUAAGCACGCCUUCUGCUACGAGAACCCGGGACCCGCACAGCAGGCUGCUCCGGCAGAAGCGGCGGGUUUGGGCGAACCGCCAACAGCGGGUGCUCAGUGCGUCGACAAGCGUUUGCCAGGGGACGGAGGAUGCGCCUUUUUUCCUCCAGCAUACUACGGGAUCGCCUGCAUGAACAUGGAAGACCCAGCAACGGGUGUGCUGCAGCACUACUCCUGCCUGGAAGGAACAUCAGAGCCGAUUGAAGCGGGAUCGGCGACCGAACACGCUUUCGAGGAAGGCACUGGCGGAAACACUGGGUAUUCCUGCCAAAAAUGUUGCUCCAGGAUUCUCUUCUUAUGAGAUUUUUUCCAGUUGAUCGAAUAGUUCGAAUCUUUCUAUAUUUAGCUAAGAACGCUGCAAGUUCGUUGUAGCAACACGUUUGACUGCGACAGGAGUAUAACAAAGAAUGCAGCAUUUCUGUCAUUUUUUUUUCGUCGAACAAUCUUCGCACUCAAAUGAUUUCACGAGGGCCAGGCGACGUAAAAAAUAUCUGUUGGCCAUCAAUGUACUUGCGCUUGAGAGACUUUGAUUGCCAGCAGGAGCAGGAGUAAAUCAGUGUAGGUACAACGAAGGUCAAUUGUUGCUUGAUUUUUCUAUCUCUCCCUCGGUCUUGCUUUCAUUAUCGGAAUCCGACGAAGAGGCGGACAAGUGGUGCGCAAAGAAGGCAGACGGAUCGCGAGUUGCGGACUGCGUGCCAGAUGCGACCGAGGAUCCGCUGUAUGGUGGCGUCCUCUCCAUCGUCAAGCCUGGCAGCAAAGUGUGUCUGCCACCGGGUUCCGCGAAAGAAGGUGGUGACGUUAGCUGUGGUAUGGGGAUCUGGGGUAAGAUGCCACAGGAUGUGCCGGAAGAAGAACUGUGCAUGGGUCUAGAGGAUAUGCAGGGUGCUGGCCAAUUCGCCGGUGUGGCGUUGGCCUCUGAGCGAGUCCGCGAGAUGGAGCACGAGAUGCUAAUAGAGCUCGCAGUGCGCCAGGGAGCCUGCCCAAUGCUGGAGCGAGACGGCGGUGACCACCACGACCACGAGGGAGCGAGCGGUGGCCCGUCCGAAGAGCACUGGGACGAGAGCACAGGUGUGACGGACGGUGGAGCAGCCGUGGCGCCGCCAGCGGUAACGGGCUCAGGGCCUCCACCACCUCCGAAGGCACCAGCAGUGCCGAAAGCCGCACCGAAAGCAGCGGGUGGGAAGGCACCCCCACCGCCGCCAGCUGGUACUUACUGACAUUCGAGACCUCGUCUUGUAACAGUAGCAGCACUAGGAAUAUUCAUAAGAGUUGCCAACAUGUUGGACUUGGAUUUGAUGCCAAAAUGAUCCAACUUUUGUGACGUGAGAAGAAAUAAUUUACAUAUACAUUUCCUCAUCAAAAUUUAAAAUUUGGAUUAUUUAGAUUUCAUGAUUCUGUCUGUACACUCUUCUCAUGUGAUGAAAUCUACCGUUCUUUAUUCUUCAGCCAUACCAGAACCGGGAGCAGCGUCAGCGGGAACGGAACCUGUGACGAUUACAACGAACCCGGACCCGCAGUCCGCGGCUGGAGCAAAGGCUGCUGCCAUGACGCCACCGAGCUUUGCAGCCAUGAAGAAGGGAGCUUCCGCUGGUAAGCCAAGGGCGAAGGCAGGGGAGCCUGCGGAUGACAUGAAGUUGGCCGCCAAGCCAAAGCCGAAGGCAGGAGAGCCUGCUGAUGACAUGAAGUUGGCCGCUAAGCCAAAGCCGAAGGCAGGAGAGCCUGCGGAUGCCAUGAAGUUGGCCGCCAAGCCAGAGGCAGGAGAGCCUGCGGACGACAUGAAGGUGGCUGCUAAGCCAAAGCCGAGGGCAGGAGAACCUGCGGACGACAAGAACUUGUAGAGGAAUCUCGUUGUUUUUAGAAAAUUUAGGUUUUGCUUGUUUUUAGAAAAUUUAGAUUUGCCGAAAUAGUUGUGAUUUAAUUUUACUAGAGCGAACGUGUUAUAGAACUUCAGUUGCGUGGCGGAGGUAAAGCAACGUAGAAGCCUUUGCACAGAAGCUGUAACGGAGAUAUCAGUGAGAUAGAUUGUCUUUCUGCCAUCUCGACAUGUAUUAUCUGCUUGAUUUCAGGUUCCUUUUUUCCUGGCUUAAAGAUUGUAUGUCAUUGUCAGAGUGUAGUCGGUACUAUUCAUGUUUUUCAUCGUUUUUUCCAGUCACAUAUUUUCAUUAUGGCGUUUUUUCUUGUUUUAUACACUGUAGUAGGUUCUUGAUCAUGCGUUUAUUUUUAGUUGCGGUUGUUUGGUGUCCUUUAGAUAAUUUUUUGUCGUCAGGAUCAGGAAGUCUCUCAUAUGUCAGUGUCGAUCGAAAAGUGUGUGUCGUUAGAAAGACAAAUGGAGUGUCGCUAAUCUUUGAACGUUUUCAAAUCUAGCAGAGAAGGUGUUGAGGCACGGACGAUUUAACGACCGAUCGCGCGAUUUCGGCGCUGAUCCACC